AUCUGUUUUCCUCAUUUUUGCCGUUAACCGGUUCAGGACGAUCCACAAUUUCUCCGAUUCUGACAUUCACCGGUUCCUCGUAUCGGAUCGCGAUACAGCAGCUUCAUUUCUCUUUGUUGUUGCCGAUUUCGGGCCGGAAAAAGCUGGGAACGACGCCUGAUCAAUCAGUAUGGAUGAGCAAAAUCCAGUGGAAAUGGACAAAGAGACUGCGCUGUUAUCCCGAUUAGCGGCGAACCAUCUCCACUUAGCGCAGUUCGAGCCACUUCGUGCCGUCUUGUUAACUCUCCGGCGGAAGCAUCCCGACCUAGCUCUCGCGAUUCUUCAAACGAUAGUUGCUAACGCUGGGCGCUUCGAGAAGAUUGUGUGGUCGUCGUCUUGUCGGUCUUCGUCUCUCCUGGCCUAUCUGUCAACCCUAGAGCUUUUGCAGUACAGCGACUCCACUUCGCGGAUAUGGAGCUUCGAUUCUGGUACGCUGCGAUUGAGGGCGGAAUUCUUGUUGCUCGUUCAGCUCUUAUGGGACCGGGUGGUAGAUGUUGAUAAGGGGGAUAAUGCCGGGAUUGAGGUUGAGGAAAUGGAUGAUAGCCGGCGGGCAGCUGAUUCAUUGGAUGGAAUUCAGAGUUCAAAGGAUACGAGUAGUGAACUGGAAGUCCGUGUUAGGGUUUUGGAUAAGGUUUUGGAGUUAGGUGUAGAGAGAUUGAAACCAGAUAUAGAAGCUGAUACUGGUGAAGAUGGAGAAGGGGCGCAGAGGAGGGUAGUUCCUGGAACGGUUAUGAUUGAUGAAACAGAAUUAAUGUGUUUAAGGAAGACGAUAUUGGAUAAUUCUGACGAAUUCGACUCGUUAUGCUUCAAUAUACAGCAGCAGAUAAAGGAGCCUGAAGUUGACAAUACAGGGCUUGCAGUAAUGGUGCGUAGGGAUGAUAAGACCAAGUUGGACUUGAAGGAGAAGGCAGAGGAGGAUCGGAAGGUACUUAGUCUCAUACAGAAAGUAGUGCAAUUGGCACAUUUGGAUGCCAUGAAGGACCGGAUAAAAGAGAACAAUGAAGAAAGUGCUAUUUCUCAUAUUCGUUUUUUGCAUCUUGAGUAUGGGGUGGAGGAAGCUGAAUAUAGAGUGGUUCUGCAAGAUCUGCUGUCGAGGAUUUUGUCAAGGAGGGAGGUAUAUGGAGAAUCCUGGAAUUUGAUGCAAGAGCAAUUGUUGUGUAUUUAUGGGGAGACUCUUUCAUCUAACUGUACACACCUUGCAGAGAUUAUCCAGGUCAUACAAGAUGAUCUGCUCAGUCAAGAGAUUGAGAGGUCUCGAACACUGGACAACAGCAGGGUCCCGCCCCCUUUGGAGCGUUUUAAAAGAUAUCUUGCAGAGAUAAGAGCAGAUGCAGCUUUAAGUGAACCCUCCUUAAAUACAGCAGCCUCUCUCGGCAUGAGAGAUAUGUACCAUUAUGCCCGUGUGUCUGGACUGCAUGUGCUUGAGUGUAUCAUGGAUACUGCCCUUUCUAUCAUAAGGAAAGAUGAACUUCAAGAGGCUAAUGAUGUUCUUACAUUAUUUCCUCGACUGAAGCCCCUUGUGGCUGCCAUGGGUUGGGAUCUGUUGUCUGGUAAAACAGCAGCUCGGAAGAAAUUAAUGCAACUUCUUUGGACAAGCAGUGAGUCACAAGUUUCUCGGCUGGAAGAAUCUUCAUUGUAUGGGGAUAAAGUAGAUGAGGUAUCAUGUGUGGAACAUCUGUGCAACUUGUUGUGUUAUCAUAUAGAUCUGGCUUCUUUUGUUGCUUGUGUAAACUCUGGCCAAUCAUGGAAUUCAAAAUCAUCAUUGUUGUUGUCUGGGGGUCAACAAGUAAUUGGUGAAGCUGAAGAUACUAAAGAAGCUUUUGUUGAGACCUUUGUUUUGGAACGACUUUCGGCACAGAGUCCCUUGCGGGUACUGUUUGAUGUUGUUCCAGUCAUAAAAUUUCAGGAUGCCAUUGAAUUGAUAACCAUGCAGCCAAUGGCUUCCACUGUAGAAUCUUGGAGAAGGAUGCAGGAUAUUGAACUCAUGCAUAUGCGCUAUGCUUUGGAAUCAGUUGUUCUUGCACUAACUGCAAUUGGAAGAAACAUUAUCGAAGACGGAGAAAAUAGUCAUCGGGCAGCUUUAUACCACUUAAAAAGCCUUCGAACUCAUUUGGAGUCUGUAACAAACAUUCCUCGCAAGAUAUUGAUGGUGAAUGUUAUUGUUUCGCUUUUACAUAUGGAUGAUAUCUCUCUCAAUUUGACGCAUUGUGCCUCACCAGGGAGCAUGUCCGAAUCACCUACUUCUUCAUGGGAACACACUGAUGUUGCCACAUGUGAAGGGGAAAACGAAACAGUUAUUUCUUUCACGGAAUUGCUACUUGAUAUAUUGAAUCGUAGUCUUCCAUCAGGUGUGGUUGAAGAGAUCACAGUGGAUGAUGAACUCAGUAUAGGUGGAAGACAGGCUUUGGAAUGGAGAGUAUCACUUGCUAGAGGUUUCGUUGAGGAUUGGAAAUGGCGAUUGACAAUUUUGCAGAGUCUUCUGCCUUUAUCAGAGCACCAUUGGGGAUGGAAGGAGGCAUUGAGUGUUUUACGUGCAGCCCCAUCCAAGCUGCUUAAUCUGUGUAUGCAGAAAGCAAAGUAUGACAUUGGGGAAGAAGCUGUUCAUCGUUUUUCAUUGUCUGCUGAGGAUAGAGCUACCCUAGAACUGGCUGAAUGGGUAGAUGGUGCAUUCAGAAGGGCAUCUGAAUCUCGACUGGUAGAAGAUGCAGUUUCUCGUGCUGCUGACAGUACAUCAACUAUGCAGGACAUCGAUUUUACAUCUUUACGCUCCCAAAUAGGUCCUUUGGCUGCGAUUCUUCUGUGUAUUGAUGUUGCUGCAACUUCUGCAAGGUCAACGAGGAUGUCCCAACGUCUUCUGCAUCAGGCUCAAAUUAUGUUAUCUGAGAUAUAUCCUGGAGGCUCCCCCAAAAUGGGUUCCACUUACUUGGAUCAAAUUCAUGAGGCGGGGUAAUUUCUGUAUCACGACGUGUCCUCAAGAGAUUGAAUGAAUUGUUGGAACAAGAUGACAGUCCAGGCCUCCAGGCAAUACUUACUGGGGAAAGCGUAAUCAUGUCAUCAAAGGAACUUCUCCGCCCUGGACAAAGAGAACGUGCUCUGGCAAUGCUACAUCAGAUGAUUGAAGAUGCUCACCAGGGAAAACGGCAGUUUCUGAGUGGCAAGCUUCAUAAUCUUGCAAGAGCUAUUGCCGAUGAAGAAACUGAAACAAGCUCUAGAAAAGGUGAUGACCAAGAAACAGAACAAAAGGUUUUGUUUGAUUUUGACAAGGAUGGGGUGCUUGGGCUUGGGUUGAAAGCCUUGAAACAGAUUCGCAGAAGUGGAUCAAGUGGAGAAACUACUGUACUGCCACUGUACGACAUUAAAGAUAACGGGAAGAAAUUGUUUGGUCCACUAAGUGCCAAGCCCACUACAUAUCUUUCACAGUUUAUUCUCUACAUCGCUGCGGUUGGCGACAUAGUUGAUGGGACUGAUACCACUCAUGAUUUUAACUUCUUCUCUCUUGCUUAUGAGUGGCCAAAAGAUCUUUUGACCCGCCUUGUAUUUGACCGAGGAAGCACUGAUGCAGCAGCAAAGGUUGCUGAUAUCAUGUCUGCUGAUUUUGUGCAUGAAGUUAUUUCAGCAUGUGUACCUCCUGUUUAUCCACCCAGGUCUGGUCAUGGAUGGGCAAGAAUACCUGUCAGUACUGGAUGUUCUAAGAGUUACUCUGAAAGUAAAGUUCUCUCCCCAUCUUCUAAAGAAAUAAAACCAGAUUGCAAUGGUUACUUCUCUGGAAUUCCUGGAUUCCCUCUGUACCCUCUCCAGUUGGAUAUUGUAAAACAUUUGGUGAAACUAUCCCCAGUAAGGGCUGUGUUGGCUUGUGUUUUUGGGAGUGGUAUCUUAUAUCGUUCCAAUGAUUCUUAUACAUCUAGCCCUUUUUGUGAGGGAUUGCUGCCACCCCCUGACACUGAUAGAGUCUUCUAUGAGUUUGCUCUUGACCAAUCUGAGAGAUACCCAACAUUGAACCGAUGGAUACAAAUGCAAACUAACCUUCAUCGAGUUCUGGAAUUUGCUGGGACUGGCAAACAAAAGGAUGGUGGUGGUGAAGCAAAAGGUGACCUAAGGACUGCACGCAAGAGAGUUCGGGAUCAUGAUGGUGAUGCUGAGUCAGAAGUUGAUGAUCUCGGUGGUGGUCGUACUAAUACAUCAUCUUUCCACGAUAUCGGUAGUGAAGAUGGUGAAACUGGUGUAUUACUGGAUUCAUUAGAAUCUGGUGAUGCAAAACCUGAUAAUACAAUUUAUCUUUCACUGGACUGGGAGAAUGAAGAGCUGUAUGAGAAAGCAGUGGAUAGUUUGAUUGGUGAAGGAAAACUAAUGGAAGCUCUUGCCCUUUCGGAUCGCUUUUUACGUGGUGGAGCGUCAGACCAGUUGCUUCAACUGCUAAUUGAACGUGGAGAAGAAAUCCAUCCUACUUCUGGACGUUCUCAAAUUUAUGGAGGACAGGGAAUCUGGAGCGAUAGUUGGCAGUAUUGCUUGCGGCUGAAGAAUAAACAACUGGCGGCUGAACUCGCACUGAAGCAUAUGAAUAGUUGGGAACUUGAUGCUGCCCUCGAUGUACUCACAAUGUGCAGCUGCCACUUGACUGAAUGUGAUUCUGUUAGGAAUGAGGUCUUACAGCGGAAACAAGCUUUGCAGAGAUACAGCCAUAUACUUGGUGCUGAUGAUCGUUAUAGCAAUUGGCAAGAGGUUGAAGCAGAGUGUAAGGAAGAUCCUGAAGGCAUAGCACUUAGACUAGCUGAGAGAGGUGCUGUUUCUGCUGCUCUUGAAGUAGCCGAAAGUGCUGGAUUAUCAAUAGAGUUGCGGAGGGAAUUACAGGGUCGACAGCUGGUGAAGCUUCUCACUGCUGAUCCUCUAAAUGGCGGAGGCCCUGCCGAAGCUUCACGCUUCCUGUCUUCUCUACGUGAUUCUGAUGAUGCUUUACCAGUUGCAAUGGGUGCAAUGCAACUUUUACCUAACCUACGGUCCAAGCAGCUUCUCGUUCAUUUCUUCCUAAAACGAAGAGAUGGAAAUCUGGCGGAAGUUGAAGUAACCCGGCUUAACUCAUGGGCUUUGGGCCUUCGUGUACUUGCUGCUUUGCCCUUGCCAUGGCAACAAAGAUGUUCUGCCUUGCAUGAGCACCCACACUUGAUAUUGGAAGUUCUGCUCAUGAGAAAGCAACUGGAAUCUGCUGCUUUGAUCCUCAAGGAAUUUCCUUCGCUGAGAGACGAUAGUUUAAUCAUUUCAUAUGCUGCUAAAGCCAUUGCUGUUAGCACUAGCUCUCCCAACAGGGAACCGCGGGUCUCUGUAUCAGGGACAAGACAAAAACCAAAAACAAGAACUGGUGUGCCAACAAGGUCAACUUUUUCUAGCAGCUUAAGUAACUUGCAGAAGGAGGCACGUCGUGCCUUCUCAUGGGCUCCCCGAAAUACUGGAGAUAAGAACCCCCCAAAAGAUGUUUACCGGAAGAGAAAGAGCUCUGGGUUGCAACCAUCUGAAAGAGUUGCCUGGGAAGCAAUGGCUGGGAUUGGAGAGGAUCGUGAUCCCUCAAUCGCUGGAGAUGGCCAAGAACGGCUCGCUUCUAUUUCAAUUGCUGAGGAAUGGAUGUUAACUGGUGAUGCGAAUAAAGAUGCAGCUGUUCGUGCAUCCCACCGGUAUGAAAGUGCACCUGAUGUCAUACUUCUUAAGGCGCUGCUUUCAUUAUGCUCGGAUGAACCUGUGUCAGCGAAAAAUGCUGUGGACUUAUGCAUACAUCAAAUGAAAAAUGUCCUCAAUUCUCAGCAAAUACCUGAAAAUGCAUCCAUGGAUGUCGUCGGGCGAGCACAUCAUGCCACAAAGGCAUUUGUCCAGGGGCUACUUUAUGCUAAAUCGCUGCUGAAGAAACCAAUGGGUGGUAACGAUGCAAGUAAGGAUGCCGAUGAUGCAUUAUCAGAUGCUGGUAGCUCUAGUGCUAGUCAGCCUACCGACGAAAUAUCUCAGAUCUUGGCACAAGCGGACAUUUGGCUAGGACGUGCUGAGUUGCUUCAGAGCCUUUUGGGGUUAGGAAUUGCUGUUUCACUUGAUGAUAUUGCUGACCAAGAAUCAUCUGCUCACCUUCGCGACAGGUUAAUUGCUGAUGAAAGGUACAGCAUGGCUGUAUAUACUUGCAGAAAGUGUAAGAUUGACGUGGUCCCUGUAUGGAAUGCAUGGGGACAUGCAUUGAUUCGGAUAGAACGCUAUGAACAAGCUCGUGUUAAGUUCAGGCAAGCUUUGCAGUCGUACAAGGGUGAUCAUACACCCUUUGUUCUUGAGAUAAUCAAUACAAUUGAAGGAGGUCCACCAGCAGAUGUCUCAGCUGUUCGUUCUUUAUAUGAGCACUUGGCUAAAAGUGCACCAAUGAUCUUGGAUGACUCUCUGUCUGCUGAUUCAUACCUCAAUGUGCUUUACAUCCCAACCACCUUCCCCCGUUCUGAGAGAUCCAGGCUCCAAGAACACUUGAAUGAUAACUCAGAAACCAACUCUCAGAUUCAAGAUGGACCUCGCAGCAACCUGGACAACAUUCGUUAUGCUGAGUGUGUCAAUUACUUACAAGAAUUUUCUCGGCCGCAUUUGCUUGGUUUCAUGUUUAGGCAUGGGCGCUAUACAGAUGCGUGCAUGUUGUUCUUUCCUCAAAACUCUGUUCCUCAAUCUCUCCCUCCUUCUGGGGUGGGAGCUGGAACAUCAUCUUUGUCUCCUCAGAGACUGGAUCCCUUGGCAACUGAUUUUGGAACUCUGGAGGAUUUAUGUGACUUGAGUAUUGGGUAUGGUGCAAUGUCUGUCUUGGAAGAAGUGAUUUCCUCAAGAAUGACAUAUGCACAACAAGAUGAGAUUGUACAGCAGCAUACUGCUGCUGCCGUUGCUCGUAUUUGCACGUAUUGUGAAACUCACCGGCAUUUCAAUUACCUAUAUCGUUUUCAGGUUAUCAAGAAGGAUCACAUUGCUGCUGGCCUUUGCUGUAUUCAGUUGUUCAUGAAUUCUUCUUCACAAGAAGAAGCUGUUAAGCACUUGGAAAAUGCUAAGGUGCAUUUUGAUGAAGGAUUGUCAGCCCGUUACAAAGGUGGAGAGUCAACUAAGCUUGUGUCAAAGGGUGUUAGAGGAAAGAGUGCUUCAGAGAAGCUCACUGAAGAAGGGCUGGUCAAGCUAUCUGCUCGGGUAUCUAUACAGGUGGAAGUUGUAAAGUCCUCUAAUGAGUCUGAUGGUCCGCAGUGGAAACGUUCACUCUUUGGAAAUCCCAAUGAUCCAGAAACUUUCAGACGAAGGUGUGAGAUUGCAGAGACUCUUGUCGAGAGAAACUUUGAUCUGGCUUUUCAAGUAAUAUAUGAAUUUAAUUUACCAGCUGUCGACAUAUAUGCUGGCGUUGCUUCAUCACUGGCAGAAAGGAAAAAAGGUGGCCAGUUGACGGAAUUUUUCAGAAAUAUAAAAGGAACCAUAGAUGAUGAUGACUGGGAUCAGGUGCUGGGUGCUGCAAUUAACGUUUAUGCAAAUAAACACAAAGAACGUCCUGACCGUCUUAUUGAUAUGUUAACCAGCAGUCAUAGGAAGGUGCUUGCCUGUGUUGUCUGUGGCCGUCUAAAAAGUGCUUUCCAGAUUGCUUCUCGAAGCGGAAGCGUGGCUGAUGUACAAUAUGUGGCACAUCAGGCGUUGCAUGCAAAUGCGCUACCUGUGCUUGACAUGUGCAAACAAUGGUUAGCACAGUACAUGUAA